AUGGCAAUCAAUAAGACCACGUUCGUCAUCGUACCGGGCUCCUUCGCCCUGCCAGGCUUCUACGACGACAACGUCGUCGCCCUCCUCCGCGAGCGCGGCUACGACGCCCGCACCAUCCCCCUACUAUCUGCCGAUGACGGCACCCGGCAGCCCCCCGCCACCAUGGAGCAGGACGCCGAGCACAUCCGAGCCGUAGUGCUGGCUAUCCUCGAAGACCCCCAGCACCCGAGCGACGUCGUCAUCGCGUCGCACUCGUAUAGCGGCAUCCCCGUCGGCACCGCGCUAGCCGGCCUCAGUAAAGCCGCCCGCGUUGCCGAGGGCAGGCAGACCGCCGUCGUGGGCGUCGCGGCCAUGGCCUCUUUCCUCCCGGCCCUCGGCCAGUCCGCCCGCGACCUCAUGGGGUCACAAGCUCCGGAGCCGUACCGCUCCGGCCUGCCGGGGGAGUACUUCCCUCCCGCCCCGCGCGAGAUCCUGCUCAUGAGCUUCACGGGCGCGAGCCCUUCGGCGGAGCAGGUCGGGGACAGGUAUCUGUCCUUCUUUACGCGGCACAGCUCCGACAGCUACGGCGGCAAGCUCGGGUACGAGCCGUGGAUGGACAUUCCUACCGUGCAAAUCAUCCCUGGGAUGGACGUGGUCAUCCCCACGGCGCUCCAGGAGCAGAUGCAUGAGCGGGCAGUGGGUGCGGGCGGCAAGGUGAAGAGGGUAUUUGUGGACGGCGCGGGGCACGCAGUCAAUGUGAUUCGUCCUGAGGCUGUUGUUGACGAGAUGGUUGGGCUGGUGGACAAGAGCGCGUGA